AUGCAGAAACUAAAAAUUAAACCAGAUCGCAUCAGUUUUCUAGGAAUUCUAUCAUCAUGUCGACACGGUGGGCUUGUAGAAAUUAGUCGGCAUUGCUUUAAUUUGAUGUUUGAAAACGGGGUUAAACCAGAUUUAGAUCAUUAUUCGUGUAUGAUAGAUAGUUUAGGUCGAGCAGGGUUGCGAGAAGAAGCUAAAGUAUUAAUCGAGGAAAUGCCAGUAAUUCCUAAUGCAGUUAUAUGGGGAUCAUUAUUAUCUUCAUGCAGACUUCACGAGAAUGUUGCGAUUGGGAUUCAUGCAGCUGAGAAGCGUCUUUUAUGUGAACCAAAUUGUGCUGCAACUCACGUGCAGUUAUCAAAAUUGUAUGUCAUUGCCGGGCGAAGGGAUCAAACAGUGAGAAUUCGAAAAUUGAUGAAGGAUAAAAGUUUUAAGACGAAUCCUGGGUAUAGUUGGAUUGAGAUUAAGAACGAAAUUAUCAGUUUUGGAGUUGAUGAUGGAUCAAACGCGAGAGCUUCUGAAAUAUUUGAUGUAGUUGAUACUUUAGUUAAGAAUAUGAACAGUUCAGCAUAUGUCCCGAAUUUUGCACCAAGGCAUUUAAGGGCUUGA